AUGGCAGUUUCGUUAGUAAGCUCAUUAUUCGAAAACGAAGUUUUUUUAGCGAGUAACUUGAGAGGAGGAAUUAGCAGGAUUGAUAAAAAUUCCCAACGAAGACCAGGGUUGGAUGCAAUCAUUAUUUCUGCGAUUACGGAAACGAUCAAAAAUCAAUUUCCGGCAGAUUACAAAAAAACUUUAUUUGGUAUGGCAAUCAACAAUCAUUUGACUGAUUUACGCCGGAAAAAUAAAGUAGCUGCUGCUGCUGCUGCUGCUGUUGCUGAUGCUGCCGUUGGUGAUGAAGGACAAAACCAACAAGAAUAA